AAGAGGUGGAGAAAAAGUCGGCUGUUUGUAAGCGCGCCAUUAGUUGCUAGAGGGCAUGGAGCCAAACAGAAAGUCUGUUUCGCCAUUAAUGGCCUCUCAGCCCUUCUGGAACCCAUAGACCUACACGCAGCAAAGGAAGAUACAUAUAGACAAGAACAUCAUUAGAGGCGAAGGGAGGAGAGGAGGAGAACUGGUAGUAGUUUGUUAGCGAGCUAGGUUCCAAGGCGCCAUCACGACCUAGGGUCUCCUGGAUAGAGAGAUAGAUCGGUCGAGGUUCGUGCGGCCUGCCGGCCUGGGUAGUUUGCUGGUGUGGAGAAGAUAGCUAGAAAGAUAGAGGUGGUGCCUUGGCAGCUAGCCCGGCCCUCCUAGAGUCAAACUGUAUUUAGGUCUCCCUAGAUAUACAUACGUAGGCGGAGACACAGAGAGGGAGAGAGGAAGAUAUAGCCCCUGUGUGGUGUGUCGUCGGUCGGUGUCUGCGUGUCUCUCUGGAGAUGAUGAGUGCAGGCAGCCAGGGACAGCAUGAUCAGCAGGAGAUCAUCAGGCAACAGCAUCACGAGAUGAACAUCUCCUUCGGGAUGAGCCCCCAUCACCACCAACAACAACAACAUCAUCAUGCUGCCCCUCCUUCCUCGUCUUCCUCCUCCUCCAUGCACGCGGCAGCUGCGAGCUUCAUGAGCAACAAGGAGGCGUCGGGGGCGUAUGACCAGCUGGGGGAGCUGGACCAGGCGCUGUUCAUGUACCUCGACCAUGGCCAUGGCGGCCAUGCCUCCUCGCAGCAGCAUGAACAACGGCAGACCCUCAACAUCUUCCCUUCCCAGCCGAUGCACGUUGAGCCGUCACCCAAGGGGGAGAUUAGCCUAGUCCUGUCGCCAGCGCCCGUGGGAUCCAAGAUGCCGAGGUCGUCACCUGAUCACCAUCACCACCAACAGCAGCAGCACGCGGCUGCGGCGGCCAUGGAGGAGCUGGCAGCUGGGAGCAGGAGGCAGCAGCAGCAGGAUCACCAUCACCUCCACCACCUGCAGCACCAACAACCCGGCUUCGCUGCUGAGCAUUCUGCAGGAGUCGGCAAGGAUGUCAAGCCGGUCACCAAGAAGGAACACAAGCGGAGCUUAUCCACCGGUGAACGCGAUCCAAAAACGCUGAGAAGGCUAGCCCAGAACAGGGAGGCGGCAAGGAAGAGCAGGCUGAGGAAGAAGGCAUAUAUCCAGCAACUUGAGUCCAGCAGGAUCAGGCUGGCCCAGAUCGAGCAAGAACUCCACAGUGCAAGAGCUCAGGGAGUGUUCUACCCAGGGAGCAACCUCCUUGCCGAGCAAGGCCUCACCGGGAAAGGGCUGGGCGGCAUCGACGGCCUCAGCUCAGAGGCGGCGAUGUUCGACGUGGAGUACGGGCGGUGGCAGGAGGAGCACUCCCGGCUGAUGUACGAGCUGCGGGCGGCGCUGCAGCAGCAGCUGCCUGAGGGAGAGCUGCAGAUGUACGUGGAGAGCUGCCUGGCGCACCACGACGAGGUGCUCACCAUCAAGGACACCGUCAUCAAGGGCGACGUCUUCCACCUCAUCUCCGGCGUCUGGAGGAGCCCCGCCGAGCGCUGCUUCCUGUGGCUCGGCGGAUUCCGACCCUCCGAGGUCAUUAAGAUGCUGCUUGGGCACGUGGAGCCGCUGACGGAGCAGCAGAUCGUGGGGGUGUACGGGCUGCAGCAGUCGGCGCUGGAGACGGAGGAGGCGCUCAGCCAGGGCCUCGACGCGCUCUACCAGUCCCUCUCCGACACCGUCAUCGCCGACGCGCUCGGCUGCACCCCCAACGUCGCCAACUACAUGGGACAGAUGGGGCUGGCCAUCCACAAGCUCUCCACGCUCGAAGGAUUCGUGCGACAGGCUGAGAACCUGAGGCAGCAGACGCUGCACCGGCUGCACCAGGUGCUGACGACGCGGCAGAUGGCGCGCUCGCUGCUGGCCAUGGCCGACUACUUCCACCGCCUCCGCGCGCUCAGCUCUCUCUGGGUCUCCCGCGCCAGGACGCCGCCAGAGCACCACCAUGGCGGCCCUCACAACUAAUUUUACCUAUCCAUCCAUCCAUCCAUCCAUCCAUUCAUCCAUCCAUCCAUGGAUUUAGCCACAUAUAUAUGCAUGGAUCAUCGUUGUUCGUUCGCUUGGAUAAAGGGUUCAAGGACCGUUUAAGUGUUGCAAGCUAAAUUAGCGGCUAGCCGGUGCCUACUGGAGUAGUGGAGAGGGUCAGCAGAGGAAAGUGAAACAUGUCAAAAAAAUGUCGUCGUGGUACCGUGUUUGUCAUGGAUCUAGAUAAUUAGUGUACUAGGGUAAUGAUCGAUCAAUCGGUGUACUCCUCUGAUCCAUGCCUUAAUUAGCUCAUUUUGCCUCUGGGUUCUGGAUGCA